GACCCAUCGUGUACGAGUACGACUCGCACAUUAUAGGUUUUUAGUGUGUUUGUAACUCAUCUUCAUUUGCCAUUUCGUAGUAGACAUGGCAAGUUAUAAUAUCAUUGCUCUGUUAACUUGUGCAAUAAAUUAUUUAAAUAGCGUAAAUGGUAGUAAUCCAACUCUGAAUGAUGUAUUAUUUAGCGGAGUAUAUGAAUUUAUUGAUCUCACGUUUCCAUUUGAUAAAAAUACAAUAUAUUGGCCUAAUAUGGACCAGUUUGCAUUUACAAAAAUGAAUGAAGCAUUUCGCAGCGAUGGUUCUUGGUAUGCAGCUAAUAAUUUCGCAGCAGGCGAACAUGGUGGUACUCAUAUAGACGCACCUUAUCACUUCAAAGUCGACGGCUUACGUGUGGGAAAUAUACCAUUAGAUAAACUUAUCGUGCCCCUUAUAAUAGUGGACAUCAGUUCUAAAGUAAAUGAUGACCCGAGUUUUGUACUGCAAAAGUAUCAUUUGGAUUAUAUGUUGAAUGACAAUUGGGGGAAGCCUUGCGUUAUCGUAUUUAAAUUUGGAUGGAGCAAGUUCUUUUACGAUAGAAAUAAAUAUUUAGGAGUACAACCAAAUGGCACGUUUCAUUUUCCAGGCUUAAGUGCGGAAGUGGCGGAAUGGAUUACAUCGUCACACAAGAACGUCGUAGGUAUAGGCGUUGACACAGGCUCCGUCGAUCCUGGAUCUAGUACAGACUUCCCUGUACAUAAAAUAGCUUCUGCAGCAGGUCUCUAUAAUAUUGAAAACGUUAAGUUGGAUGUGCCUGUGCCUGAUAGGGGCUGUACAGCUCUGAUUUUGCCGAUGAAAAUUGCUUUAGGGACUGGAGCACCUCUGCGUUUGGUGGCUAUUUGUCCGAAACAAACACCUACGCAUUUUUGAUAAAAAUUAUCGCAAUCAGUUAAAUAAAAAUGUCUAGAAUAACUAUAGCAAAUUGCAUUUUUAUUUCCCUACAUUUUCAUCGUAAAGGAUUUUUAUCGCAAUGAAAAAACACUAAUUGUUCGCUUUAGGACAGAUUCAUUUUGAUAUUAAUUUCCACAAAAAUGUGAUGUACAAUAUUUGCUACAAGUAGGUACUUGGCUUAAAAUAAAACACAUACAUAUUCGCAAAUCUUUAUUUGGAAUGCCAUAAAAACAUAACUAAAAACUAAAUGUGAAAUAAAAUCUACUUUAAUGGUUAGUUCGGUUGUGCACAAUCUCUUGAUUAUUGACAGCUGUAAAUCUAAUACUAUCCUUUUUUGCAGAGAGAAUUAUGAAAGGGAUAGCAAUACCUGUCGGUUUAGUUUAGAGAUCGUGUAAAGUCUGUUUGCUUGGAUACGGUCGCCUUUGUAUCGCGCAGCAUCUCGUCAAAGGCAACGCCGUGAUUUCUAAGUUCAUCGCGUGGGGUGAACACCCGCAGGAGAAUUCGGCAUUUACCUAGCCAUAUUUUCCAUUAAAAUUAAACUACUUCUACAACUUUCAUUUAUAUUCUUAUUUUAUUAGAAUAACCAUAAGAUUAAAUAGUAUUCUAUUUAUUCUUAAAAAAAUCUUUUGAAAAACGUUUAUUAAACAAACAAAGUAAAAAAAAAUUAAAACAAAAGAAAAAUAAUGAGAGCGCCUGCGGGUGUACCGUCACUAUCUUAGUACACAGAGUAUACAAACAGUUUUAGCCAUAAAUACAAAAGCUGACAAGUAUUGUUUUGAUAAUAUUAUACUUACUUUAAGCAAAUGAUUCUUUUAAUUUUUUUUAGUCUCUAGUUCCACAUGAGGAACAUACAAAAAAUGGAAACAAAUUAACCAAGAGAGCUCAAACUUAUUAGCUAUGAAAACAGAAAAUAAAGUAAUAUAAUGCA